GGUGCCGUUUCAAUGGAGCUGUAAUUCAAACAACAGCUGUGUGGCCGAUCUGAAGCUGAACUUCAGUUUUACGAACGACACGUUAGUGGUGGAGAAUCAAGCUCAUUUCAUGGUCCUUGUAUUCCUGGCAAACCCAGGCGACGACUCCUACAACACCAGCAUAGUGCUGCAUUACCCAGAAGGCAUCUCACUCUCUAAAUUCAAUGCUAUUAAGCAGAUCUAUACAGGUGGAGCUGGGGAAGGUGGAGGGUUUCUGAAGCUCUCUACCCAAGUAUUUGAAUGUUGUGCAGCAAGCUCAUUGGCUGCUGAUGCAAAAGAAACCAUUGAGCUGUACCAUCUGAGUCAGACUCGAAGCAGCUGUGGUGAUCGGGACAGCAGUGCUACGAACAGAACAACCUGCAGAAUUAAUCUACCGGUGUACCGCAGCGGCACCACAACUCAGUUUCUGGGAACCUUCCGUGUGACAAAAUGGGAUAAUGAGUGGUCUGACUGGAUGGAGAUGAUGAUCACUGCCAACAGGUGA